AUAUUAAUAUAAUAAUUAAGUUCAUUUGAAUUUAUACUGCUGAUUUGUACUUGGUUGUAAUUCCGGAUGUUAUUGUGAUAUUUUAAAUUAACAGUUUGUUAUUGUUUUCAGUUGUAUAAAAUGGCAGGACUUUCUGUAAACCGACACAGUUGUUACUGAAUAAUCUUGUAAGGCGGAAGCUCUGCCAGUCUGAAUAAAUUUAUAAUAGUGCGACUAAGUGAAUUUUAUUCCAUUCUUCACAUCUCAGAAGUGGGAUUAUAGACAAGAUGUCGGGACCCUAUGCAGCCGGACUUGGAAAAAGGAAACACCAGCUGGCUACAUAAAAUUGACCAACUCGGUGAUGUCUACGGUUGGGAUUCGGUGCAGAGACAAUUCGUUAUGCAGCUUCGUCUACGAGGUUCAGCCAGACGAUGGUACGAUGAGCUCGACGAUUACAAUCUUGACUGGGAUGCAUGGAAACGAGCUCUAGAGAUUGCAUUUCCACGUUCAGUUGACUUUGUGGAUAAAUUAAGCACUAUGUUGGCUAGAAAUAAGGAGGAGUCUGAAACGAUGACCCAUUAUUAUCACGACAAGCUAUCACUGCUACGAAAAUGCAACAUCAGUGGCGAAGAUGCAAUUUCUUGCAUAAUAAGAGGGCUUCCGGUAGAAUUGCGUGCUAAUGCUAAAGCGUAUAAGUGCGAGACACCAGAAAUGUUGUAUUUUGGAUACCUAUCCUCUCUAGAAAAUUAUAAGAGAGAUAAUAUCUCAUCUUUAACUUCUCGGAAAUCAUCGUGGCGGAGGGGUGCCGCGGAAGAAAACUCUACGACUGCUCAUCGCUCUGGAGUGAAACGGUGCUACAUUUGUCGGCGCAUCGGACACGAGUUUCGUGAUUGUCGAGCACAACAACGGUGUGACAUCUGCCAGCGGAACGGUCACACUUCGGCAAGCUGCUGGCUGGCCGCCACGCCGGGACCAUCGCGACAACAGGUGCAGCCGACUCCGGUGAGUUUAUUGAUGCUUAAUUUAAAUGACAAGUUCUGGAGCAUUUACAAGCGCCUAGCAUUUGUAACUAAUGGAGGAGAGAGCCGUGGGACACGGCUGCAGCAGGAUGGCCGAAUGUUAGCGACCACCAGCCGCCCACAGGCUCGCCAGUGA